CCCCAGUUUGAGUCAGAGCUAGGGACCAUGCCGUCCCAGGCUCAGGGAUAAGAACCAUCCAGCACAAGUGCCAUCCCAACCCCAUCUUCAGUCCUUCUGCCACAAAUCGGGACGCCUCCCUGCUGCAAAGCACAGCUCAGAGACAAAGGGCACGAAGAGUCAUGCUCUCACAUCAUAGCAUGGUGAAGCAGAGAAAGCAGCAAGCAUCAGCGAUCAUGAGGGAGAUCCAUGGAAAUGCCCUGGAGCCCUGGGAGGCGUAGAAAGAAGCGCCUAUGGUGUAGAUGGCAUGAACCUCGGCAAAAAGGUCAGCGUCCCCAGAGACAUCAUGUUGGAAGAGUUGUCCCACCUCAGUAACCGUGGUGCCAGGUUAUUUAAGAUGCGGCAAAGAAGGUCUGACAAGUACACAUUCGAAAACUUCCAGUAUGAAUCCAAAAUGCAAAUGAACCACAAUCUUGCAAUGCAGAAUGGAAAACUGGAUGGCAGCACCCUGGAAGGGGGUUCACAGCAAGCUCCAUUCACUCCUCCCAACACCCCAGACCCACGAAGCCCCCCAAAUCCAGACAGCAUUGCACCAGGGUACUCGGGACCCCUGAAGGAAAUCCCUCCGGAAAGAUUCAACACCACAGCCAUCCCAAAGUACUAUCAGUCACCUUGGGAACAGGCCAUUAGCGGUGACCCUGAGCUUUUAGAGGCUUUAUAUCCUAAACUUUUCAUGCCUGAAGGCAAGGCAGACCUGCCCGAUUACAGGAGCUUUAACAGAGUUGCCACCCCAUUUGGCGGUUUUGAAAAGGCAUCGAAAAUGGUUAAAUUUAAGGUUCCAGAUUUUGACUUAAUGCUUACAACAGAUCCCAGGUUCAUGGCCUUUGCCAAUCCUCUUUCUGGCAGACGGUCCUUUAAUAGGAGCCCCAGGGGGUGGACAUCUGAGAAUAUUCCUAUCGUGAUCACAACUGAAUCCACAGAAGAGAUCACCGCACCAGAAUCUACCGUACCAGAAUCAGAAGACUUAUGAAAAGCAAGUAGUAUAUCCCACAAAAACCUCUGAACAAAAGGGUUUCUAUUCCAUUACUCCACUUACUGGCAAACCCACUUACACUCUUCAUUCAUAGCAAUAAUUUAAUUAGCAAUUCAGCCAUUUAUCUUGUGUAGCAAUUAAUUUUA